CAAAAAGUGAAGCUGAUGGCAGACGGUAAUCUGCAACAUGAUGUGGCCAACGCCGAACCGGCCACCGAGACUCGCGAGUCCGAUGGCGAGUACGAAGAUGGAGGCAGCGCUACGAGCAUGUACGCUGAGUUCUGGAUGCAUGACCUUGUUGAGCUGGGCAAUGUCGACGUGUUGAAGGCUGCGUUGGACGAGGACGAAGAAGGGUUCCUCGUGUCGCUCAAGGAGGUUGACGACAUGGGCUGCACACCACUCCACACGGCGGUGCUGCAUCCCGUCGAGUCGGUGCUGUCGUUUCUCUUUACGUUUGGCCCGGAAGCUCUCGGCCUCGAGACAGCCUGCAAUGGCACGCCACUCAUCCACCUUGUCCUCCGCAUGUGCACGUUUGCAGAGCAUCGCGCCGUCCUCCUCCCAAUCCUCCGCGUGCUUCUCACGUACGACACGUUCAUGGCGACCGCCAUCCAUGGCAAAGAUGACGUCGGCAACACCAUCUUCCAUGUCGCCGCCAUGGCCAACGUCCUGGACGUGUUCGUGCAGCUCGAGCCGUCCGUUGCCGCGCUGGAGGUUCGCAACCGAGUGAGCGAACGUCCUCUACACAUCGCGAUCAAGUUCCGAAGCUCUCAUGUCCUUCAAUCCCUCGUCCACGACCACCACGUGGACAUCGCCGCGCCCACUUCGUUCGGGAUGACUCCUCUCCAUCAGGCCGCCGCGUCGCCUGAUGCGACCGCCAUCUUACCCGUUUUGGACCCCGACUGGCACACUUCCACGUGCAAGAACGGCCUCAACCAGACCCCCCUCGAUGUGUACAUUGCCACCACUCAACAUCGCUUGCCAGGAACGUCCUGUGGCUUUUUGUAUCAUCCAGAUGCGAUGGAGCACUUGCCGAUGGCCGGUCACGUUCGCGGCAAGGACGAACCGCCUCCAGAGAACUUUGAGCGCAUGAAGAGCUUGGUCUCCCCUGGACUUGGCAUUUUGCGCACGGCCGAAUUUAAGUCGAGUCCCGUGACGUGGAGCCACGACAUCCCGAAGGCCGACAUCGCCGACGUGCUGCGCAUCCAUGACGUGGCAUAUGUUGAGAAACUGAAAACCCUCUGUGGACGAGUUCCGAUCGAUGUACCCGCGGAAGAGUUGUCGGCAUAUUGCUUGGAUGCAGAUACCGCCUUGUCCCGGGACUCGUACGAAGCGGCACUGCGGGCGGCCGGCAACGUCUGCGCCGCCGUGGACAAGGUGGUGGCAGGAACCACGCGCAAUGCGUUUUGCAUCGUGAGACCUCCAGGACAUCAUGCCGGACCUGUUGGAAAGGUCACAUGCGACCACGAUCGAGUGGGCAGUCAUGGCUUUUGUCUGCUUAACAACGUCGCCAUCGGGGCCUCUUACGCCCGCAGUCACUUUAAAGCGCAGGGUAUCAACAAGAUUGCAAUCUUGGAUUUUGACGUGCACCACGGCAACGGCACGGAAGAAUGCAUUCGACACCUCGUGCACCGGGUGCAGGACGUGCCGUUCGAAACGCCCUUUGUGUCUGGCACCCACCGCACCCACCAGUACAAACCGUGGCGCAGCGAAGAAGACGUUUCGAACGUGUUUUUUUGCUCGAUCCACGGGUAUGGCCCAAAGGACCCCAAGCAGGAAUUCCCGCCCGGUCAGUAUGCUGGUGCGUGGUUCUACCCUGGAUCUGGCGAGUCCACCGACAAGCCAACCGACAAGGACCAACCGAUCAUCAUCAACGUGGGUCUGCCCUACCAGCGCGGCAACUUGGCGCGGCAGGAGUGGCGUCGGGUGCUUCGGAGUGACAUCUUACCCCAACUGGUUGCGUUUGAACCGGAUCUGAUCUUCCUGUCUGCUGGCUUUGACGGCCAUCGCUCCGAAAACGUCAACUGGGGGUAUGUGGGCCUGAUGGAGCACGACUUUGAAUGGCUGACGCAAAGCGUGGUCAAAGUGGCCAAUAAGGUGUGCAAUGGCCGUGUGAUUUCGGUGCUCGAAGGCGGGUACAACUUUCAUGGCCGCAUUGCGUCGCCGUUUUGUAGAAGGUAUAUAUAUAUGUUGUAUCGUGUUUUUGGUUCAUUGAUAUUGUCGUUUACACGUCAAUUUGCAACAUUCCCUUGAAAUUCAUUUGAUCUAAUGCAAUCUUGUAUACACUCUACGAUCGCGCCAAAUAGCACUCGAAUCUAUUUGAUCCUAUUUAAUCUCGUACACACUAUACAAAUAUUGGUAUAUAUCUUUUUGACCAAUGCGGAAGGACCUGGGCCGAAUCGAACGUUUGGAUUGGCAGAAAUUCGACAUAUGUGAUUUGCAUUGACUCGGGCGGUUCUUUUAAUUCCUUCUCUUAAGACAUUCGAUUCGGCUGAGGACUCCAGUUUCGAAUCGAUUUGAAUCUGUUGUGAUUUGACGGCUAGGCGAAUUGCCAAAUCUAUUUAAUCCUGGUGGCAAGUCCAAUUGCAAACCCUUAUUGACAUUUACAACGUUUGUUGCUUGAAGGAUGGAUGACUAUGUUUGAAUUGUAAUUGCAUUUGCCUUAUUUAUCAAGGCUAAAAGAUGAUUCAUUCAUUCGUACGUGGGUGGUGAUGAUUCUAGCGUCGCAGCGCAUGCACGGGCGCUUGUGGCAGGAUCGCAAACGACGGAACCAUGGAACGAAGUCGCCAUGGCCCACGAAGCCGCCUGUGAAGCCGCGAUGAUCCUGGACGCGACUGCCAAGAAGCACAAGACGGUGGCCAAGCGGGAAGACGACCCGUCGCGAGAUGCGGAGCGAGUGGACAGCAGCAGCAUGGAGACGACUCGGACGUCCAAACGAAUGCGCAAAGAAGUGGACUACGUUGCGUUGGCGGCGGAACUGACGUGGGAAUCAGCAGCCACCAAAUAGAAGUGGCUUGCACGUUGCAACAAUUGUAACUGAUAGACACGAUAACAGACCAACAAGUUGCUGUGGAUGUGCCAAGAACAUAUAUUUCCACUCGUGGGCUAUGCAAAGGGA